UGAGAAUGCCGAGUUGGGCUAGGGAAAAUAAGUUGGCGACCUCUCUCCCUAAUCUUAAUAGAUUGGAUUUUUUCGGCUGCAGGAUGGAGGACUUGACAUGCCUGGGAAAUCUUCGUCAUUUGAAAUUCCUUAACCUUAUCGGGUGUGGGAAAUUGAAGUACAUUUUUGAAAAGAGUGCAUUAGCAGGUGGCAGUGAUCCAAAUGGAUUAUUUCCCCGCCUGAGAAAGCUGGUUAUGAACUACCUUCGAGAGUUGCAAGGAUGGACAAAUAUAGGGGAGGGGGUGGGAGAUAAUAAUCAUAUUAACAGCAGCUUCAGCAUGGCACCAAUACCACUUCCUCAAUUGACGUUUUUGUGGAUUGAAGAUUGCCCAAAUUUAACAAUCUCUGAAUGCCCAAAUGUAAAUUUAUUGGGAGAAGAAGAGGGAAUGAACACUAUUGGCAUGCCAUGGCCAUCCUUUUCUCACUCCCUCCGUAACUUGACAACAACUAAUGAUUGGAUGCCUAAACUGACUUCCCUCAGGAUACUUCGAUUCUUUUGCUGUUCAAAACGCCUCAAGGAAAGAUGCCAACAACCCACUGGGGAAGACUGGCCUCACAUUCAACACAUCCCCUCCAUUCAAUUUCAUGAGUAAUUUAUUGCCCAUCAAAAGAAACAAAGUUUCUGCAGAAUUGCUGAUGUAGGUGAUAUAUUCGACCUAAUGGAGAUAAUCCUUCGGAUAUGAUAUUAUGGUAUAUAAGGUUUAUCUAAACUUGACUUAAUGGUGUAUAUUAAAUUCUAUA